UCAUGAUGCAAUGACACUUCGUGUUUAUAAAAAAUACUACAUUGAUAUCAUCAAUUGUUAUACUCGUCUUGAAAUACGUGUUCGUGGUCAUUGUAGGGACAUUUGUCCACAAAUUCGUGAACUAGUCUCAAAAGCUGUAAAAGAAAGCAGUAAAGAUCUCAAACUUCAGGAAGAUAAUAAGCUUGUCUUUGCUUUUAAAUGCCCCCUCCAAAAAACUUGCAUUGUUGAGGAAGAUAAAUCUUCUACCUGGUGUACUAAUUGUGAAGUAUCAUGUGAUGUACUACGAAGUGAUGAUAGCUAUAGAUGUUGGUUUAGUGAUCAUAAAUUACCUAGUCCAGUGCUAUAUGAUAUGCCUUCUUUUUGUACAGGUAGAAUCAAAUAUCAAGAAGAGGUGCCUCAAAACAACUCAAGACCUGCUAAGCACUUCAACUGGAAAUGGGCUUUAUCAUUUAUAUUUUUUUUUACUGUCAGUAUUGUUUUGGCUAGUGUAGCUCAGAGUAUGGUGGAAAGAAAUACCCAAAGUUUCUCAACAACUAGAGUUGAAGCAUCAUUAGAAAGUCCACCUACUACAAGACCCACAGUGCAACCCACUGGAUUAUUAAGUAAAUCAUUAACAUAAUUUAUUGUAAUCGUG